GGUAUUGUCUUUGUUGCUGUCCCUCUUGAAUAGGCAGACGUUAAGGUUUGACUUGAAUCAUUUUUCCCACUGUGCUUUUUACUUCCUUGUGUGGGUAUUUUCAGAAUUGUACUGCCUCAGUUCCAGUGAGAUACAGAAUGACCUAACUCGUGUAGUUCUCUCCCCGCCUUUUGUGGUCUUUUGUUAGACAUCUGUUGACAGUCCAGCCCUGGAUUUACACCGUCUUCCGCUUCAGCCACUUCCUUAGGCCAGCAAGGCUCCUUCAUGCCCACCCCCUAUGUUACUGCCUUUAGAGAGAAGUGUGUUUAAAAUAUUCUGUACAAGGACUUCCCUUGUGGGAGGGGUGAUCCAGUGCGUGGUUUCUUUGGUUACUGUUGGGGUCACUAGCUUCAGCUAGAACUCCCAGCAGUUCUAAAGCAACAGUCCUCAGUUGGCAUCUAGAAAUGUCUUUAUUCAGGCCUUUAUUUUGCAGGACAGGUUUUCUGGUAUAGAUUUUCUUAAUUGACUUUUUUUUUUUAAGUGCACCAAGUGUAUUCACUGUGACUCCCACUGUUUGUGCAAAGUAAGGGGUUGGUUUCUUACCAGUUCUUCCAAGAUUAGCACUGCUACAGGGGAUGGUGUGUCCACGGGUCUAUCCUCUCCUCUCUCUUGUGUCAGAGGUAGCCUGUCAACUUGGAGUUGAGUUUGUUAAGAUUCCUCAAUGUAUAGAUUAUUGUUUGCAGUAAACACAGGAAGUUUUCAACCAUUAUUUCUUCGAAUACUUUUUUUGCUCUCUUCCUUUAUUGUUGUCCCUUACAUAUGUGCUGGUGUGUAAAUUUAAGGCCAGCCUAGGCUACAUGGGGAGUUCUCGGUCAGCCAGGACAAUAAGAUGAUGUGUGAGACAGUUGUGUGUGAUGACAAUCUGUGACCCCAGCACUCAAGAAGCUAGGGCAGAUGGAUGGAUCUUGCAUUCAAGACUUGUCAAACUCACAGGUGGAGUGCGAUCCUCAGCACGCCUUCGGGCCCGCCGUUACUCUUCAGCCAGCUCGGCCCCUGCCGAGGACAUUGCCAGCUCCACAUCCGCCAAGACAGCAUGUCUGGCUUCAUCACAAAAGACCACAGACAAACGCACUUCCAAAAAGUUCAAGUAUGACAAAGGUCACCUUGUAAAGGCAGAAUUGCAGAAAGCUGACCCUAAACGUGACAUUUCUUCUUUGUCAAAAGUGGCCCCUGUGGCCCCUUGUGAAAAUGAGUUUGCAGAGGACAGUGCUAAGACUGCUGUCCCUGUGCCAGAGAGGGAAGAGCCUCCCCAGGGCUGCUCCCAGGCUGUGAGCGAGGAACCCUCAGCAAAGACUGAAGAUUGCCUGCCCACAGCAGAACCCAGCAGUGCUGCGGCAGCCCAGGAGCCUGAUGAAAGUUCUGCCAGACAGGCUGAGCCUGCGCCCAGGACAGAGGAGGUGCGGGCACCUGUGCUUCAGAUGGACAGCAGCGUCUUUCUAGAUGAUGACAGCAACCAGCCCAUGCCUGUGAGUCGCUUCUUCGGGAAUGUUGAGCUUAUGCAGGAUCUGCCACCAGCCUCUUCAUCUUGUCCUUCCAUGAGCAGGCGAGAAUUCCGAAAAAUGCAUUUCAGGGCCAAAGAGGAUGAGGAGGAGGAUGACGCAGAGAUGUAGAGUGGUGUCUUCACUGCUUAGUAGUUCACUCAAACGGCACAGCAAGUGUUAAGAUUUCUGUAUACAUCUCCAAGAGAACAUGUUUGUAACUGAACACAACUGACAUGAACGUCACCAGUGCACACACUGGGCUCCUACAGAAGGGUCCCUCAUGACCACAAGCGGCUGCCACCACCUCUGUGCUGCUGUAUUUUCCUCCUCCAUAGACGUGCCAUGCUAGCACAAGUCAGCAUGGGGCUGGGCAGUAGGAAAUAAGGAAAAUCCCUGGGUGCUGUGGUUUUGGUAACACAAGCUUGCUUUCCAUGCCAAAUUGACCACUGGAGAUGAAUUCAGUUUCUUCUGGAAGGACUCCUGUUUCUGAGUGAAGCUAAUCAUAUACCUUAUAGUUUUUACAAAGUGCAUAUGAGAAGUAAAUAAAGUAUAUUUUGAAAAUA